CAGGGACUCUCCUCCAUGGCCCCCUCCAUCCGCCUGUCGCCCGCCGCCCGCAGCCUCUUCGAUCAGCCGCUGGCCAUCGCCGUGCAGGGCCUGGGCCCGCGGCAGCAGGUCACUCUGCGGACGUCCUUGCGGGACGAGACCGGAGAGCUCUUCCAGGCCAGUGCCCUCUACCAGGCGGGCGACGACGGGGAGCUGGACCUCGCCCGCUGUCCUGCGCUGCCGGGAGGCAGCUUCUCCGGCCUGGAGCCCAUGGGGCUGCUCUGGGCUUUGCAGCCCCAGAAGCCUUUCUGGCGGCUGGUAAAGCGGGACGUGCAGAGCCCCUUCCUCCUGCAGCUGGAGGUGUUUGAGGGCCACGGGGAGCGCCACGGGCGGCUCCUGGCCCAGGCGCAGCACGAGCGGGCGUUCCUGCGGGACGGGGUGCGGAGAGUGCCGGUGCGAGAAGGGAGGAUCCGGGCGACACUUUUCCUGCCCCCCGGAAGUGGCCCCUUUCCAGGAAUUAUUGACUUGUAUGGAACUGGAGGAGGACUCCCUGAAUACAGGGCAUGCCUGCUGGCCAACCAUGGCUUUGCUGUGCUGGCUCUGGCUUUCUACAGCUAUGAAGAUCUCCCCAAAGGGAUGAAGGAAUUCCACCUGGAAUAUUUUGAAGAAGCUGUAAACUAUAUGUUACACCACACCCAGGUUAAAGGUCCAGGAAUUGGUUUGCUUGGACACUCAAAGGGGGGUGACCUGUGUGUCUCCAUGGCCUCCUUCCUAAAGGGCAUCACAGCCACUGCCCUUAUCAACGGCUCAGUGGCAAACGUGGGUGCGGUGCUCCGCUACAAGGACAUCACCAUUCCACCCCUUGGGAUCAAUCCAAAACGCAUCAAGGUCAGCAAGUCCGGGAUUGCUGAUAUUAUUGAUGUAUUGAACAGCCCACUAGAAGGGCCUGACCAGCAAAGCUUUAUCCCUUUGGAGAAGGCUCAGUGUUGCUUCCUGUUUAUUGUUGGCCAGGAUGAUCACAACUGGAAAAGUGAAUUCUUUGCAGUUGAGGGGAGCAAACGUUUGCAAGCUCAUGGGAAGGAAAAGCCUGAGAUAGUCUGUUAUCCUGGAGCAGGACACUACAUUGAACCUCCCUUUUUCCCGAUGUGUGCAGCCUCAAUGCACCUGCUAUUUGGCAAGCCUGUGAUGUGGGGAGGGGAGCCCAAGGCACACUGUGAGGCACAGAUAGAUGCUUGGCAGCAGAUCCAAGCUUUCUUUCGUAAACACCUCACAGGCGAGCCAUCUGGAACAUCCAGUAAGCUCUGAUAUGAAUUAGGUUACUUUACAGAUGAAGAUGCUGGUUUUGUUAAAUGUUCUGUUAAACUGUUUUGUUAAAUGGCUCAGAAUGAGAACAAGGAACAUCAGAGAAUAAGCUAUUAGGUUUCUUGGAGGGUGAUGGUUGGUGAAAGCAAGAAAGCAGCUUCCUUUUUAUACACUCCUCUAAUCUUGGUUAGAGGCCUUGGCCUCCUGUUCUAUGUAGUACAGGGUUAUAAGCUGGGGAAAACAAACGGUGGUAAGGCUGUGUGCUUUGAGUGUGAAUUGAAGUGGUAGGUAACUCAUCCAAGCUGAGAACCAGCAUGAAAACAUGCCUUGGCCUUGUCAGAGGAGAUGUAUGCCGAUGCCCAGCUUUGUGUUCUAGUUCCAGUAUUCCAGUUUUUCUGGAGGCAGUAAUCUGCCUUCAGUAAUGUUUCUGUUCUCCCUGUGCACUUCUCCCUCCUUUGUUGCUCCUUGCCCUUCUCUCAAACCACGAAAAAGCCUUAAAAAUAAAAUGCCUUAAAAAUAAAA